AUGAACUCAACGGUGAACGGAUCCAGCGGGUCAUGGAGCUGCUUUAAUUUCACUGCGGGGAAAAUCGGAGGAACCGUUGCUUUUUGUCUGAUCUUCAUCGUUUCACUGGUCGCAAACUCUCUAAUUGUUAUCAUCGUUUAUAAAACGCCGAACUUAAGAAAGCCGAUCAAUUUUUUCAUCGCAAACAUGGCCUCGUCUGAUUUGCUGGCUCCAAUAUUUUGGAUUCCUUUGGACCUGUCCUACCUGCACACCAACAACUCGUUUCUUAUCGGUGGUCAGCUUGGUCAGGCCUUGUGUAAGCUUGUCAAUUUCUUUAUUGCCGUUUCCCUUACCGUUUCGGUUCAGAAUCUGAUUCUGAUCGCAGUGGAUCGAUUUGGAGCCGUGGUGUUUCCACUCCGUUCCCCACUCAUCAGAUCCAAGCUGUGUCCCUUCUUUAUUCUCACCACAUGGAUAGUUGCCGUAGCUUUCAAUUCGCCAGACUUGUUCACUUACGAGCUCGUUGAAAAUCCAGAGGGAGCCAGGUGUGUUACGAAAUGGAAGAAAGCAUUCGGAGAGUCCUCAUCUGCCAGUUUCUUACUAGCUUUCUACAUUCUGUUUACGUACAUACCUGUGCUGUCGCUAGUCAUUCUUUACUCCAUCAUUUUUAUCAAGCUCAAGACACAGGAACAUCCAGGUGAACAGUCCGCCAACACGCAGCAACAGCGGAACAGAAGAAACAGAAACGUUCUUCAAAUGUCCAUUGCUAUCGUAACAGUAUUUGUGUUUUGCUCGUUACCUUACUCUCUCAACCAUUUAAUCACAGAGUAUCAGGACACUUUUACGCAUUUCUCGUGUAGUUUCCGGAUAUAUGAUAAAGUCACUUUUUAUAUGGCUUACGCGUACUGUGCUAUCAACCCAGUUAUCUGUUUCAUGUUUAGCAGUAAUUACCGAACAGCUCUUAAAAGACUCAUAAAAUGUACUUUUGUACAGGCGUAG